ACGUCUGUCAAAGUCACGCCGUGAAAUAAAAUUAAAAACCUUUACGUCAAAAAAUCUGCCGAAUCUACGGCCAAACGCCACAUGUCACGGUAGAAAUAUAUUAAAAUUUCGUUAAAUUCUUUCUAAUAACAAAUAAAUCAUAAAAAAAUGAAACCUCUUAUGCUGCAAGGGCACGAGCGUGCUAUUACUCAAAUCAAAUAUAACCGUGAAGGAGAUUUGCUGUUCUCAGCGGCGAAGGAUUCCAAGCCCAAUGUGUGGUGGUCAUUGAAUGGAGAACGUUUGGGCACGUUUAACGGCCAUGGAGGUGUGGUAUGGUGCCUUGACGUUGAUUGGCAAACCAUAAACUUGAUAACUGGUGGAGGAGACAGUUCUUGCAGAUUAUGGGAUUUGGAGACAGGAAAGAACAUAGCCACAAUAAAGACAAACUCCUCAGUGAGAACAUGCAACUUCAGCUUCAGCGCAUACCAGGCUGCAUACACCACAGACAAAGCUAUGGGACAUCCCUGCGAGGUCUUCAUCAUUGACACCAGAACGAUUGACGAUUCCAUUUCCACUCAGUCCCCAAUCUUAAAAUGGGAGAUCACAGACUCAAAAGUCACCUCCAUGGUCUGGGGAACUUUGGACGAGACCAUCAUCACUGGCCAUGAAAGUGGAGAUCUCAAUCAGUGGGAUCUUAGGACUGGCAAGAAAGUCCACUCCAUCAAAGAGCACACGCAUCAAAUCAAUGACAUGCAACUCUCAAGAGAUGCGACUAUGUUCAUCACAGCUUCCAAAGACCAGACCGCUAAACUGUUUGACACCAGCUCUUUGGAAUUAUUGAAAGAAUACAAGACCGAGCGUCCUGUGAACUCUGCCGCUCUCAGUCCUAUCUUAGAUCACGUGGUCCUCGGAGGUGGUCAAGAUGCCAUGGAAGUAACAACCACUUCAACUAGGCAAGGAAAGUUCGACGCGCGAUUCUUCCACUUGGUAUUUGAAGAGGAAUUCGGAAGAGUCAAAGGUCACUUCGGACCAAUCAACAGUUUGGCUUUCCACCCAGAUGGAAAGAGCUAUGCCUCCGGAGGCGAAGACGGUUACGUGCGUGUGCAGAGUUUCGACCAAUCUUACUUUGAUUACACUUUUGAUUACAAUCGUGAUUAAUUUUGUAACUGUUCCAACUGUCUAUAAUUUAGCAAUAAACAAAUAUUUUUCAUGAUUCGUAAAUCAAUAAA